AUGGCGGGGGUCGUGCGAGGCCCGGCCGGGAACAACGACUGUCGGAUCUACGUGGGGAACCUGCCCCCCGACAUCCGCACCAAGGACGUGGAGGACGUGUUCUACAAGUACGGCACCAUCCGGGACAUCGACCUGAAGAACCGGAGGGGGGGCCCGCCGUUCGCCUUCAUCGAGUUCGAGGACCCGAGGGACGCAGAUGACGCGGUCUACGGACGCGAUGGUUACGACUACGACGGCUACAGACUGCGGGUGGAGUUCCCCCGGAGCGGCCGGGGGUCCCGAGGCGGGUUCGGAGGGAUCGGAGGGGCUCCGAGGGGCCGGUACGGACCCCCGUCCAGACGCUCCGAGUACAGGGUCAUCGUGUCAGGACUCCCACAGAGCGGCAGCUGGCAGGACCUGAAGGACCACAUGCGCGAGGCUGGUGACGUGUGCUACGCCGAUGUUUUCAGAGACGGAACCGGGGUUGUAGAGUUUGUGCGCAAAGAGGACAUGACCUAUGCCGUUCGAAAACUGGACAACACCAAAUUCCGCUCGCACGAGGGAGAGACUGCUUACAUUCGUGUGAAAUUAGACGGUCCCCGCAGCCCCAGUUACGGACGAUCCCGCUCCCACAGCCGUGGCAGCCGGAGCAGGAGCCGUGGCAGCCGCAGCGCCAGCCGCAGCCGCAGCGACUCCCGAGGCCGCGGCAGAGGAUCGCCCCGCUACUCGCCUCGUCACAGCCGCUCUCGCUCCCGCUCCUAA